AUCCAUAGCUGCGUUUUAUGUGUUCAUGGCGCCCUACACUAAGGUUGAAGAAAGCUUCAAUGUUCAGGCAAUGCAUGAUAUACUAUAUCAUCGACAUCACUUAGAUAAUUUGGAUGGAUGUUUGGCCUUCCUGAUAGUAUGAUCAUUUGGAGUUCCCUGGAGUGGUUCCUCGCACUUUCCUUGGUGCAUUGCUUGUAUCAAGUUUGGCAGCUCCUUCUGUUUUAGCAAUGGACUUGUUGCACGUAUCAAAGAUUUAUAGUCUUUUUGCAGGUUAGUACUUUAAUUGCUUGAAAUUUACAUUCAUCUGUGCUUUGUUUCUACGAAUGACAGCCCAGAAGAUGGGACCAAAUAGGUGAUGAUUCCACCUUCUGAUCUACUCUUCAUAUAGAUUAGUGUCCAUUCUUUUGUGUUCAUGGCCAUGCUGAGAUUUGUGGGCGACCUUCUUGCUUGCUGUGAUUUGGAAGUUCGUUUGGCAUUAGGUGGUGUCAUAUUAUCUACAUUACGUUUCUUUCGUCUUCAGGUUAGACAUAAGUUUGGACUUCAAGUAGAAGCUUUCUUUGUUAUAUUAACUGCAGUUCAGUUCCACCUUUUGUUCUAUUGUACUCGCCCACUUCCAAAUGUACUAGCUCUGGGUGUAGUCAAUUUGGCAUAUGGAUAUUGGUUAAAGGAGAAAUGUUAUGCAGCUAUAAACUGUCUGAUUUUUGCUACAGUUAUCUUUAGAUGUGAUAUUUUGUUACUUCUUUGCCCUCUUGGCUUGGAGCUUUUGUUGACUAGAAGAAUUUCAUUAUGGAAGGCGUUGAAAUGCUGCAGUUUGUGUGCUAUAUUAUGCAUAGGUCUUACUGUAUUAGUAGAUUCAAUUAUGUGGAAAAGGUUACUGUGGCCUGAAUUUGAAGUUUUCUGGUUCAACUCUGUUCUGAAUCGAAGUUCAGAGUGGGGUACACAUCCGUUUCACUGGUACUUCACUUCAGCACUCCCUCGCUUGUUGCUUGCUGCAUACCCUCUUUUUCUGCUUGGGGUCUUACUGGACAGAAGGAUUUUGUUAUUCAUUCUUCCAGUCUUCUCCUUUGUUUUACUUUACUCUAAGCUUCCCCACAAGGAGCUUCGUUUUAUCCUUAGCUCAGUUCCCAUCUUCAACUUAUCUGCUGCAAUUGCUGCUACUAGAGUCUAUAACAAUAGGAAGAAGACUUAUUGGAAGUUUCUCUAUCCAAUUAUGCUCGGAUUAUUGUUGAUCAGUCUAGGGUGCACCGUCAUAACUUUCAUGGCAUCCAACGAGAAUUAUCCCAGUGGUCAUGCUCUAAAACAUUUGCAUGAGAAUGGUCAGUUUGCUAACCGUACAAAUGAACUUUGGGUUCACAUCGAUACUUUUUCGGCCAUGAAUGGAAUAUCCCGCUUUUGUGAAAAUAAGUUUCCAUGGAGGUAUUCUAAAGAAGAAGGGAUUCCUUCAGAAGAAUUAUGCCAGAGAAAUUUCACCUAUCUUAUAAAUGAGCAUCCUGCCAUCAAUGGAUUUAAGUGUCUAUUAGCUGAAAAUGGUUUCUCACGGGUUCGUUUAAGAACUGGCUUCCCACCUAUUUUACUGGUUAAAGAGCCCAAGGUUUAUAUUCAUGGAAAUGCAAGAAACAAAGAUGUCAUGCGUAGAAAUUGGCCAGGCUGCUCGUGACUUUGAUGUGAUAUGAUCCUUUGGCAGCCAUGGCCCCUCGACAAACUUAUACUUAUCGAGAAAACCUUUGAGCCUGAUGACAAGAAUCCUGUUUCUUAUUAGAAUGAAAUACAGCUCCAAAAUUAUGCCAUAGAACAAAUUCAGUAUCUACACCUGAGUGGGAAAGGAAAUUUGAGAAUUAGAAGUGCUCAUUAAUUCGUCUUCUAAUAUUUGCUUGCCUGACAAACAGUGUAGCCAUAUAUCAGUAAAACAUAUUCUUAUUUCUGACCUAAUGCAAUGUGUUAAAUUUAACCUUGAUUUGAGUAUGAACAGGGACAAAGUUUGCUGUCU